AUGGACCAGCUUGGGAGAUUCAUUCAAUCGGAUGCUAAAGGAGUAUUGGAAAAGUUACGAUUAUACUUAAUAAAGAAACUGCUGCCACGUUUGGAAGACAGAAGGAAGUAUCAUCAGGAGUUUGCCUCAUCCACUUCAUUUCAUGGAGUGCGUAAUAUUGUUCAAACGCAGAGCAAGACUCGCAAAGUGCUGUGGCUGUUAGUAGUCGCGGGCUGUCUUGCCACUGUUAUUUGGCAAAUCUGCAGUCGCUUCAUCUACUACUUCAGCUGGCCAACCACAACUACAGUGGUAGUGCAGUACGUGGAAAACGUCAAAUUUCCUGCUGUGACUUUUUGCAACUUGAACAGGUUUCAAGCUCAUGCAGUAAGCAACCUCAAAAUAAUUUUUUUAGUUUGGAACAUUGUGACUGGAGUUGUCCAAAAAUUUGCUAUGGAAGAUAAAUAUUCUCAAGAGCUAAAUGAUUUCCUUCUUGGGAACCAGAACUUCAGCAUCAAAGAGUUUACAAGGAAAAAUGGGUUUUAUCUGAACAGCAGCACACUGCUAGAAUGUGAAUUUUUUGGAAAGCCAUGUUACCCACAGGAUUUUGAACAUGUUUUCACUGAAUACGGAAACUGCUUUACUUUUAAUCACAAUGAUCUUCCAGCAAGAAGAGUGAGUUUGUCUGGAAGAGGCUUACAUUUGCUUUUUGAUGUCCAACAGGAACAAUUCACUGAUGAACCUGCUCUUGGUUAUACUGAUGCUGGUAUAACUUUUGUUAUCCAUUCACCCAAAGAGCUUCCACGCUUUGAUGGUUUAGGUUUAUUAACACCAGUCGGCAUGCAUGCACAGGUCGCAAUCCGUCAGCUGAAGUCAAUUAUCCAAGAAUACCCAUGGGGAGAGUGCAAGCCUGAGAUAAAGCUUCAGUACCACAAGAUUUAUAGCAUUAAUGGAUGUUUGCAGGAAUGCAAAGCCCGGUACAUACAGGACUGGUGUGGCUGUUUGCCAUUCAUUCUUCCAGGAAAUGGAACAGAAUGUGAUUUGCUGAAGUUUUACAAUUGUGUUUAUCCGGCAGUCUAUGAUAUAGAGAUAAAAGGAUUAUGUACAGUAGGAACCCACAAUUCCACUUGCCCUGCCCCAUGUGAAGAAACGGAUUAUCCUACCACUGUCACCUAUUCAAGUUUUGGAGGAGAAAGAGCCAUAAAAUACUUUUCUGCAAAACUGAAGAAAAGCCCAGAAUACGUCAGGCAGAACCUUGUGUGUAUUGACAUUAAAUAUCAUGAUCUGAGCUACAAAAUAACACAGCAGCAGAAGGCAUUGACUAUAUCAGAGUUGCUUGCUGAUGUAGGUGGCCAGCUUGGAUUGUUUUGUGGUGCCAGUAUGAUUACAAUCAUAGAACUGCUCGAGUAUAUUUUUACUAACUUCUGUUGGAUGUGUAUCUUUCUUCUAUUGAAAGCUCCUGAAAUGCCUCAAUGGAACAAUCCAUCCCAGAACCAACCAACACACAAGGAAAAAAAGAAGGGAAUACAAGAAUGUUAG